AUGGCUUCCCGCGCGUGUACCCUGACCUUCCCCCGGACCUCCUACGAGGAGUCGGCAUGCAAUGCCUGCUUCCAUGGCAGCGGCGACGCCACCAGCGAGCCCAUCAUCGUCCUUCCGUGUGAGUGCAACUUCCACUUGGCUUGCAUCACCCUCGCUUUCAAGACCCAACACGCCACGCUUAGCUUCUUCACUUGCCCCACUUGCUUCACUGACCUGAACAACACGGGUCCGCACUCCCGUGCCUUGGCUCCGCCGCCUGGUAGGCUGCUGCAGAUUCAGUCCAUGGGCGAUCAUAACCAAGUCGCCACCUUCCAGGACGAGGACACCGAGGACAUCACCGGCCACCUUGUCUACCGUGACCACUAUGAUGGCGCCGCCGGAACCCUGACCGUGUCCAUCUCUCUUGUCCCGGAGAACUAUGCUCUUGAGCGCGUUGCUUGA